AUGCAUACACCCAAGCACGAUAUUGUGGUCGGAGUUGACUUUGGCACUACGGCGUCUGCCAUUGGCUACUCUAGUAUUUUGCUAGGUAGCCCCUAUUAUUAUCCCAGGUUGAUCAACCAACUUGACGAUAAGACUCGUCCCAAAAAGAUUCUAAGUGUUCUUGCUUACAUUGAAGACAACCCCAAUCUUCAGGAGAACCAGUGGGGAUUUCCUGCUCAAAAAGAACCUAAUAUGAUCUCUUGGUUCAAGCUGUUCUUGGAUGAUGAUCUUGAGAUCGAGAUCGACAGCUGGAAAGCGGAGGUAAUGGGUUGGGUAGGUUCUCGAGGGAUUAUGUCUCUUCCAAGAGGGAGAUCCUUAAUUGACACGAUCUCAGAUUAUCUGGGCGCUCUCCGGGCCAAGAUCUGGGACUAUCUAGAAGGAGAAUUUACCAAUGCGAAGAAGAGCCUGGAGAUAAGCACCAUUAAAUUCUGUUUUACUAUACCGGGGUAUUGGUCCACAGAAGCCAGGCAGGAUAUGCUUGUUGCUAUCGAAACAGCGGGUUUUAGAUUAAGGGAGUGUGAUGAUGUCUGCCUACUUAUAGAGGCAGAUGCUGCAAUUGUCUUCGCUCUGUCGACCUUACAAGAUUAUGCAGGAACCUUACCUCUCAAGGUAUGUUACACUCUUAUCAGUAUUUAA